ACCUACCCAGCAUCACUUCAUCUAUUGAUCGCACUCCGAACACCCUCUUCUUUACUUUGCGCAUUUAUCUCUCGAAGAAACGCAGACUCCAGAACUAAGCGUGCAAUUGAACACCCGAGCGGACUCUCAAAGCGCCAAGUCGCUCUAACUCGGACUACCACACCCGCUCACAUACGUCGUUAACGUUUUGCGCUUCGUUUGCGCCCUACAGCCUACCCCCCUAUUCCCUACCAUCAAUUGACCUCAAACAUAACUUAUACACGCUCCGCGUCAUGGCGACCGACUACGGUAAAAAGACCAACGCAGAGCUGGUCGAGAUCCUCAAGUCUCGCAGCCUCCCGCAUACGGGCAAGAAGGCAGACAUGGUCGCCCGUCUUGAGGAGGAUGAUAACAAGGCCGCGGAUGCCACGAAACCGCCUGCGGAGGCUGCGGCUCCAGCUGCCGCAGAUGAUGUCAUUGACUGGGAGGAUGAUGAAGUUCCUGCUACGGAGGCUGCGGCGAAGAGCUCCACAGAAGCUGGGGCCGCUGCCAUUGCGGCCGGUGGAAAGGGAGAGGUGGCCAACCCUGUUGCCGUGCCGAACCAGAAGCUAGACACCGACCCUGCUACCACGAAUGAUCUCAAGGUCGAGUCGGAAGGUGCUGCUGCUCCUGCAGAGGAGAAGCCCGAGGCUAGCACCGACGCUGCCGCUACCGCUGCCGCUACCGCCACCACCGAAGAGGUAGAGCAGAAGCCCGCCCCAAGCUUCGCUGCAGGUCUCCCGAUUACAGAGCUGGAGGAGGAGCUGAAGAAGCGCAAGGCUCGGGCGGAGAAGUUUGGCAUUACCGAAGAGUCCAAGGCUGCCAUCGACGCUGCCGAGAAGCAGCUGGAACGUGCGAAGCGAUUCGGAACAGCUGCCACUGCUGCUCCGACUACUGAGGCUGGGGUUAAGAAGUUGGAUGAGGCACUUCCGGAAGAGAGGUCGCGCAAGCGUGGCCGCGGUGACAAUGAGCAGGGCGGCGGUCGGGGAGGAAAGAGACGCGAUUUUGGCGGCCGGAAUAAGUCACGGCGUCAGGGUCGCGGAAAUCGCAACCAGGGUCAAGGUCAGAACCAGCGUCAGCAGCAACAGAAUGGAGGCGGAAACAAGAACAGCAGCUUGAGUGAAAAGGAUGCCCAGGCUUUGGAAGCUCGGAAGAAGAGGUUUGGGUAGGCUGCUCCAGGUUUUCUUGCUUGUCGCUUACAGUUGACAUCUCAUCUGCUUUUCAUCUCAUCGGCGUUUAGGGGAAUUCAAUCUCGAUCUUGAGGAUUUUUACUGGCGUGCUUAGGCUUUUGAUUGAAGCCACGACGGUUCUCAAUACAAUCUUGUAGUGUGAUAGGACGAUUCCAUGGUAGCUCGACCUGGUCAAUCAGAUCGGCCAGAUGCUAAUGUUCCAAAUGGUAGUCGUACAGCCCCUAGUGGGUUGUUUGGCUGAAUAGUGGGACGGAAUUCCAGGCUAUCGUUACUAUGUUGAUAAUCGAACUCUGAUCGGAGAUUGGCCCUUAACGAGGACAAAGAGCCGUUCAGGGUGACAUC